AUGGCGCAGCCUGAGGUCCUGCAGCAGGCGACCGAUCGAGCGGAGGGACUGGUGGUGGCGUGCAGAGCGUAUGUCGACGGAGGUGCAGUGGACGGCCUGCUGGAUGCCCUGGAGCGUGAUGUGUACCAGGCAGCAGACCGGUGCUGGCGGCUGCAGGACCGCCCAGUGCAGCUGCGAGGCGGCAUGCUUCGGCACAAGACGGUAACGGUACAGGAGGCCGUGUUCCAACCCGACGCUGAGCAGCAGGAGCUGGCGGGGUCGCUGGAGCAGUGGCGUCGGGCGGUGCAGAGCUCAGCGGCGUCUGCGGCGCUGCAGGUCAAGGUGGCAGAGCAACAGCUGGUGGUGGUGAUGGCCAGGGAUCUAGACCCUGCGCAGCCCGCCCCGCCCCAGCAGCUGGCAGGCCUGCUGGAUGCGCUGCUAGGAGCCCACGGCGCGGUGGCGGCGCUGCGGAAGCGCAGCCUGCGCGACACGCUGUCCCUGCUGUGCCAGCUGGCGGUCCAGGUGGCGACAGCCUGGCGUGCAGCCGGCGGCGACGAUGCAGGCAACCUGCUGGCUGGCCACGAGGCAGCGCCGCAGGAGGUGGUCGCUGCGCUCUCUGCUCCGCUGCCAGCCGAGCAGCCCGCCGAUGCGCAGGCGGGUGCACUGCCCAGCGGCGGCGCCACCCUGUCGGGUGAGCUGGCUGCCAGCCUGGACAAGCUGCGGGUGCGGCAGGCGGCGCUGCUCGAGGAGCUGUCGGAUGCCGCCGAUGUGCUUCGCUUCUGGAGCCGGCGCGGCGAGAAGGCGGCGGCCGGGGACGAGGCGGGUGUGCGGGAGGGCGACGUGCCUCCCAUGCUGGCAGAGGCUCAGGCCACUCUGUGGGCUGCCAGCCAAUCAUACGACGACGAGCAGGCAGCCUCCGACCUGCGCACGCGCCAGCUGGUGUGCCAGCGGUACCGCCCCGCUGACCUGGCAGCGCUGCAGGCGGCGUCCGACGACUAUGCCGACGGGGAGCGGGUCCCGGCCCAGCCCUCUCUGACGUAUGAGUCUGAGUUUGUGCAGGAGAGGGGGUAUGCACGCACGCGAGCGCUGCAGACGCUGCACGCUUGCUGGGCUCCCACCUGGGCAGAAGUGGAGGCCGUGCUUUCUUCCCCUGGUGCAGACGACGCCAUGGCAUCUGCCGCCGUCAAGCUGCACCAGCUGCGCUACCUGCUGCUGGAGGCGCAGCUGCCCCCUGAGACGGCGGCAGCCUGGGAGCAGCUGCUGGUUCGAAUCGCCGAGGCGCUCCUCAAUGGCAGCACGCCGCCCUCGGCGGUGCCGCUGCUGGCGGAGCUGCUGCAGCAGGGGCUGCGGCGCCAGGGCGCCGAGGAGCUGGCUGGCGUGGGGGAGCAGGACAAGGCGCGGCUUGUGCCCAUGAUCUGUCGAGGCCUGGCGCCGCAGCCCGGCGGGCGCGUGCUGCUGCGGCAGCACGAGGGCGUGGGCCUGCUGCAGAGCCUGCUCAGGCCUGAGGCCAUGCUGAAUGGCGGGCAGCUGACCCAGUUCUACGACACGCUCAAGAUGGUGGUGGAUGGCUGCGCCGCUGCCGCGCUUCCGGCGGACACCACAGCCUCCCUGCUGGCCCCCUUUGAUGCCACCCGCUUUGCGGUGCUGGUCUGUGAGCAACGGGAGGCCGGGGGCCAUGGUGGCGGCGGCGGAGGGAGCGGCGGCGGAAGCACGGCCACGCCGCACGCCCGCGUCAGCAUGGAGCAGCUGCUUGACCUGGCCCAUGCCAGCCUCUCGCAGCCUGGCGCCGACAGUGUGGGCAUGGCUCUGCUGGAGGGCGUGCUGACCCUGCAGCCGGCCGCCUUCCUGGGGGCGGCCCUGCAGCUGGCGCUGGCGUGCGGCGGCGAGCAGGCGCGGCGUGACGUGCUGGGCAUGCUGUGCAGGGUGCCCGUUGAGCUUCUUCCGCCCCCAGUGGUGGCAGAUGCGCUGGUGCAGAUUGCAGAGGCUGUGGAUGGCAACCAGCUCGCGCCGCCUUUCCUGCCAUACGAGCUUCUGGGGCGUCUGUACCGCUCAGCCCACGUACUGCGCAGCAUGCAGCUCAGCGUGGAGCGAGGGCCCGAGGCGGCGGCUGCUGAGGCUGCCAAUGAGUAUGCUGCUUCAUUUGCCGGGCAGAAGCUGUGGACGGCGCGCGUGGGCGGCACCUUGAGCGGCGGCAGCGGUGGCGAUGAAGCCGAGUUGGCCGCCCGUGCAGCCAGCGGCAGCAGCAGGAUGGCGGAGCAGGGCUCCGAGGGCGGGGCGCGGCGGCUGGGCGGCUCUGGCAACGGCAAGAGCAGCUUGGUGCUGCUGCCGCUGCAGCCCAGCGGCCAGCCUCUGGCGGUGCUGCUGCAGCAGGUGGUGGGCGCUGUGCUCAGCUGCCUGCUGCGGCGUGCGGGCGGCGCGCUGGAUUCAGCAAGCCUCAGCGAGGAGCUGCUGCAGCUUCUGGAGGUGCUGCUGAUGCCGGCGGCGGAGCAGGGCGGCUGGCUGCUGCAGUGGCUGUGGAGCCACCUGUACCAGGAGGCGCUGCGGCCCUUCCUGGCCGACGCAUCCGCCGCCGUUGGCGGUGGCGGCGGCGGCGGCCCACUCGCCGACGCUUUCCUCUCCUACUGGGCCUCGCUGCCCUGGCGUCAGUCCAACUUCCAUGCCGCCUCCCCAGCCGCCCUUGCCGCCAUCCGCCUGCACCUGGUGGCGGCGCCUGCCGACGGCGCAGCCGCGGUGCUGCUGCGUGAGCUGGACUUUGCUCCCGUCCUGGCCAAGGCGGCCCCCGCGCAGGAGCCCCAGCGAGUGCAGCAGGUGUACAGCCUUGUGGAUGAGGAGGAAGAGGAGAUGGGCGAUGCGGGAGACGCGAGCGGGCGAGGCGUCUGGGCAGCGGAGCUGGCCCUGCUGGCGCUGGACUGCUGCGUGGCGCUGCCGCCACAGGACCAGCCGGAUUGGCUGCGGCAGCUGCUGCACGGGGCGCCGGCCCAGGCCGCGGCGGCGUCCUUUGAAGACGCGGCUGGCGACGCGGAGGAUGUGGCGGCGCUGAUGCGCUCACCGCAGUCGGCGGCGCUCAUGCCGCUGGUGGCUGCGGCCGGCGAGCAGCAGCCUCUGCUGCCACACCUGAUGGCGGCAGCAGACUGGCGCCAGCUGGCGACCGACAUGCACGCGGAGCAGGCAGCGGCCGGGGCCGGGGCGCCCUGGCUGCUGCUGCCCAUCCUGCUGGGGCCAGCCAGCAUGGCGGGCGAUGUUGGAGGCCGGCUGGUGCACGCCGCCAGCCUGCUGUGCAGGGCGGCUGUGCUGGCUGGCUCGCCUCAGGCCGCCCAGUGCGCGGCCGGCGCCGUCACCCCGCUGCUGCUGUGCACGCUGUGCCAGGGCACCAAGCACGAGCCCGGCAGCCAGCGCCCGCAGCGGGCCGCGGCGCAGGCGGCUGGCACGGGCGCCGCCGCCGCCGCCGCGCAGGCAGAGGCUCAGCGUGCGCAGCAGGAGCAAGUUGUGAUCCCUGAGGGCUUCCCACUGGAGCUGCUGGCCGACACUGUGGAGGAGCAGCAGCUGCUGCUGCUGCAGCAGCAGGAGCGGGAGCGGCAGGAGCUGCAGCAGCUGAGCCAGCUGCACCUGAACGACGACGCAUCCCAGCAGCAGCAGCCGGCGGGCGCGGCGCCAGCGGCGGGUGCAGGUGCCGGCGAGCAGCAGGCUGGCGGCGAGGAGCAGCAGCAGGAGCAGGAGCAGGAGCAGGAGCAGGUGCUGCCGCUGGUUGAGGUGCAGGGCUGCUGGAGCCUGACCGCCGACCAGCACGCCCAGCUGCUGCAGGCGGCGCUGGUGCCGCUAGGGGCCAGCCAGGCGACGCUAGCGCUGGCAGCCAGCCUGCAGCUGGAGCACUGCCCCCGUGAUCUGGCCAGCGGGGACCCAGCUUGCGCCGACGGCGGGCUGGUGCAGUGGCGGCAGCCUGGGCUGGCUGACCUGCUGCACGCCGCGAGCGCGGCAGCGGCGGCAGCGCCCUCGGCGCCCGCGGAAGGCCGCGCAGCCGACGAGGCGGCGGGCGUGGCGGCGCUGCUGGUGCCGUUGGCGCGUCGGCCGCUCACCAUCCUCACUUCCGAUCGCCUCCCCUUCUCUAAUGCCGAGCUCCCUCUGGACACCCAGGCUGCACUCUACGUCUCUGUCGCCCCCGAAUCCAGCGGCGGCAGUGCUGGCGGCGGGCCAGGCAGCUCGGCGGCCCCGAGCGCCGCCCCGCAGCGCCGGGGCCUCCACCAGACACUGGCAGCGUUGCUGCCUGGCGCACGGCGGCGGGCGCAGCAUUCGGGGCUGACGCCGGGGGCUAUGGAUGCCCAGCUGCUCAGGCAACAGCUACGCCUGGGGCUGCUGGCUGCCUGCAAGGAUGGCGACGGCGCGCCGCUGGCCGCCUGCCUGCUGCGCCUGGUGUAUGCCUGCCCGGGGCUGCACGCGAGCGCAGAGGCGCAGGCGUUGUCAGAGGGCGUGCUGCGCUUCCUGGCGGCGCCCGAGCGUGACGGCGGGCCGCUGGGGCAGGGCGCAUCUGCCUCGAUCCUGCUGGCUGCCACCGAGCCCAGCCAAGAUGCUGUGGCGGGGGGUGAUCUCAGCGUGCACAGCGCCACAGCCGAGGUCCUUUCCCUGGAGGCGGCGGGCGCUGGCGCCAAUGCCCAGACUCCGCCAGCCGGCGUGCCCUCUAGCCCAGCUGGCAGCAGCCUUCGGGUCGCCGUGACCGCGGCGCAAGGCGUGCCACCCUCCACACUUCUGGGGCUGGCGCAGGGGGCUGCAGAGCUGCAUGCCCCGCUCACCGCGGCUCUGGCUGUGGAGCAGCUGCGCCAGGGCACCACCGUGCUGCCCAAGGACGAGUGGCAGGCACUGGUCACGCAGGUGCUUCAGGUGGCGGUGCGUGCGGAUGCCGAGCCGGGGCACCCGUUUGACCUGGUGGCCGCCUGGCUGGCGGCGCUGCCCUGGGUGGCCGACUCGCGCUGGCGCCGCCUGCCCAGCGGGCCCCACCUGGAGGCGCUGCUGGAGUGGCUGGAGGCGCUGGAGCUGCGGGUGGUGGCGCUGAGGCUGGCGCAGCCAGAGGAUUUUGGCAUGGAGGGCGGCAGCCCGGGCGGCGGCAGCCCCAACCGCCUGCUCAGCGGCGCGGCAGACCGCUUCAAGGCAGUGCGGCAGCUCAUCACCGGCCAGGCGCCCGGUGCCGCGGGGCCCAGCGCCACACAUCUGGCAGAGGACAGCGGUGCUGGCUAUGGCGCGGCACCUUCUGCAGAGGCUGGCGCAGGUGGCGGGGAGCAGCAGCUGGGGCAGAAGCUGAAGAGCGGCUUCCGCAGCCUGCUGGGCAAGAGUGGCGGCAGGGAGGCUGCUGCUGCGGGCCAGGGCGCCGAGGGCGAGCCAGGGCAUAAGGGCUGGGGCGCGAAGAUGCGAGACAGGCUGGCGCGGAUGGGGCGUGGCGGGGAGCACGACGACCAAGCGCUGCUGGAUCAGGAGGCAGGCGAGGCGCCGCUGGGCAGCGUGCCGCCUCAGCUGAGUGCCAGGCCCGGCCCCUACUCUGCCUCUGGCCUGGGCACGGUCGCCGAGGAGGGCGGGGGCACAGCUGGCAGCGAGGCGGCAGGGCCGGCGCUGGGUGGCCCCGAUGCGGGGCACUUUGGGGUGGCUGAUCCGGCGGAGGGCAGCGGGACGGGCCAGGCAGUGAAGCAGAAGAUCAGCUCGGGCUUCCAGGCCGUGGGGCGCAGCCUCAGCAAGGUCAAGACCAAGCUCUCCGACCGGCAGGGCGCUGGCGGCAGCAGCGCGGGUGCUGCAUUUGACGAGGUGACCGACAGGGACCAGGAUGUGGCGGUGCGAGUGGGCCUGGCCGCCUUUGCUGUCUCAGCCUACAUCCGCGCUGUGCUAUGCCCCUCGCUGUCCUCCCGCCUCGGCAGCGACAGCACGGGCCCCGCCACGCCCACGCUGGCGCGCGGCGCAUACCACCACCGCCAGACCUCCUCCCUGGGCCGCCUCCUGGAUGCUGAGUACAUGCGGGAGCUGGACAGGGUGCUGGAGGCGCGCAGCGAGCUGGACAGCCUGGAGGUGCUGGCCGCCUGCCCGAUGCUGCAGCUGCACCCGGGGCGCUACCAGGCCUUCCUGCGCGACGUGCCGCAGCUGCUGUCGGCAGCCACCGGCGUGGAGGCCUUCAGCCGCAGCCUGGUGCACCUGCUGUUCGAGCCGGAGCGGGCGCUGCUGGUCUGGAUGUGA